AGUAUCUUUAAUACGUUUUGCUGUUUCAAUAAACGAAAAUUGGAAUCUUAAUUUAAAUUGCAGGUUUAAAAAUUGGUUUGAAAUGCAAGAAUGGCAACUUUAGAUCAAGAGAGGUAUUUGAGAAAUUUACUGUUGCUUGGGGAAGGAGGUAUGUUUGUGUUGAGAUGCCUUGUAGAUCAAGAAGUAAUUAGGUCAGGACAAACCCUUGAAGAGCUGCUUUUGAGAAACCAACUCAGAUUCAAAAACAUCUUAGAAGAACAACGGCAAGUCCUGUAUCCAUCGCCUGGUACAGCAAAUGCAGAUGUAAACACUUGGGAUGUGUCUCUUAUUUUGCUUGUCGUGAAGAAAUUGUUUUAUCAAGUACUGCCUCAUGCAAUUGUAUCAGAUAUCGACGCAUUAAAGGGUUUUAGAAAUUCUAUCCAAGCACAUCCUUGUAAUUUGUCAAUGGACGAAACAGAAUUUAGUGAAAAUCAACAACGUAUACAAAACCUUUUGCGAAAUAUUGCUGGAUAUGUCAAUGAAUCUGUUGAAGGCCUAAUAAGAAAAUCGGAAAAAGGCAGUAUUGACAUUACAUCAGCAAUUCAACGAAUACAUGAGACACAAGCCUUUAGUACUAGUUUAAAACAUUCAAUAGAAAAACAGUUUGAACACGUUAAGGCAAAACUGUCUUCUUUAGAAAAGUGUGUGACAACUAUCAAAGAAGGCCAAGAUGAGACUUCCCAGAGAAUGUCAAAAUUGGAAGGCAAGAUCGACAAGAUCGUUUGGAAAAUAAAACACGAUUUUACAAAAGACCUAGAUACAAUUGUACAAGUAAAAUGUGGAAACGAAGAGAAACAAAAGAAAGCCAUCGACUUACUAUUUGAAUUCGUCAAGAUAAUUCAAGAUCAUCAAAAGUUUGACAACGACGAAAUCAGAAAAAUGAUAGAACAAAGGGUUGUUUAUUACGGAGAACUUACGGUUAAGUUGUUUGAUGAUUUGAUUGAUUGGUUCAGUGAUAUAAACCAACACUCUGACGGAAUUGGCGAAGCUCGUGUCGGGAGUAUCCUUAUACCAAUUUUCUGUUCCUCGGUGACACGCAUUCUCGCCUUGUUGAAGUAUAUGAUCAGUAGUCAUUGCAAGCAACGUUUAUCAAGCAUUUCGUCUACUGUCAGUACAUUACUUGGCUUUCCGUGUUCAUUGUCUUGGAAAGUUGAGCCUACGAGUCUUCAGAGUGCUAUUUCCUCCUAUUUGUAUAGCAUUGGAACAGAGUGCAGCAAAAAGGAGAUUAAGAAGUUAGUGCUACCCGUAAAAGUCUCUGAUAUGGAAGGACUAACAAAUGUUUGGAAACUUUUCGGGGGAGAAGAGAGAAACAAUCAUAUAGAAAAGGUAUCCAACACUCUGUCAAAAAUAUUUGGAGAAAACAUUCGCCUCCAAACAUAUGUGGACAAAGAUCAAUUUCUGGAAAAAGUUGUGAAGGAAACAGGUAACAUUAACAAACUUAACGGCGGUUAA